GAAUAUAUUUUACUUCAGAGUUGAACAGUGGGCCUCUGUAGCAGGCUUUGCAUGGCUACCUCUACAUACUGCUAUUACUGGCUAUUGGAAGACCUUAGUGUCAGAAUCUUCUUGUGUACAAGCCCUGAAUGGUGUGACCAACCCAAGUUCCUACAGCGUCUUUGCAGCUGUUGAUCUCACUCUUUCGUUCCUAUUGGAGAAACUUCCGGCCCAGCAAUGUCUUUGCUGUGUUUGGCAGACUUUAAAGCACAUGCACAAAAGCAGCUGUCUAAGACCUCCUGGGAUUUUAUUGAAGGAGAAGCUGAUGAUGGCAUCACCUACAAUGACAACAUGGCAGCAUUUAAAAGAAUCCGCCUCCGUCCCAGAUACCUGAGAGAUGUGUCAAAGAUAGACACCAGGACCACAAUCCAAGGGCAGGAGAUCAAUGCCCCCAUUUGCAUCUCACCCACAGCCUUUCAUUCAAUUGCCUGGGCAGAUGGAGAAAAGAGCACAGCUAAAGCUGCUCAGGAAGCCAACAUCUGCUAUGUCAUCAGCAGUUAUGCCAGCUAUACUGUGGAAGACAUUGUUGCUGCUGCCCCUGGAGGCCUCCAUUGGUUCCAACUUUAUGUGCAGCCAGACUGGGACAUCAACAAGCAGAUGGUUCAGAGGCUAGAAGCCUUGGGUUUCAAAGCUUUGGUGAUCACUGUAGAUGUGCCUGUACUUGGCAAUAGGAGAGGGAAUAAGAGAAACCUGCUGGAUUUGGAGGCAAACAUAAUGCUGAAGGAUCUUCGAUCCCCCGGAGAGAGAAAGUCUGGACUUCCUUCUCCCACGUCUAUGCCAAGUACAUCUUUCUGCUGGAAUGAUCUCCCCUUGCUUCAGAGUAUAACUCGGUUGCCCAUUAUCCUCAAAGGGAUUUUGACAAAAGAGGAUGCAGAAUUAGCAGUGAAGCACAACAUCCGAGGCAUCAUUGUUUCCAACCAUGGUGGGAGGCAGCUUGAUGAGGUUCCUGCUUCUAUUGAUGCUCUGAGAGAAGUGGUGGCUGCUGUCAAUGGGAAAAUUGAAGUGUACAUGGAUGGUGGGGUUCGAACCGGCAAUGAUGUGUUGAAGGCACUGGCCCUUGGAGCUAGGUGCAUUUUUCUUGGGAGACCAAUCAUUUGGGGCCUUGCCUGCAAGGGUGAACAUGGUGUUAAGGAAGUUUUAGAUAUUCUAAAAGAAGAACUCCACACUUGUAUGGCUCUUUCAGGCUGCCGGUCAGUUUCUGAGAUCAGUCCAGACCUGAUUCAGUUCUCCAGAUUAUAAGGACCUACUGAGAUUUCCUACAAGAGAAAGACAAGCUUUCAACAUAGUGUGUGAUGCUGUUCUUCUUGAGUCCCAUUCAUACGUAGAAGUUUGAGCCCUCUACCCUUAAAAAUUGAGACAGAUGGAGAAAAGAUAGCUACCAGAGGGUGCAUUUAGAUGAAGGAAUAACAUCUAAUGUUCUACAGGAUAACUAUAGUUAACAAUUAAUUGACUAUGUCAAAAAGCCAUGUUCUAGCAAGAAAGGAAAUAGUUACAUCUGAUGUGACAUACCAGUUACCUUCAUUUGCUCAGUAUUACAUUAUACAUUAUUGAAAUGUCAUACUGUGCCAUAAUUAUGUGCAAUUACUAUGUANCAAUUAAAAUAUCAAUAUAUGUUCAAAAAGAAAUGGGGACAGGGUUAUCCUGAUUUNAUUCAUUCCCUCCUGCAAGAAAUAUUUUUAAAACUUCAAUAUAUGUAGUCAAAUUCUGAAGCAUAAUACAGCAUGUGAAUUAUUCAAGUUUCUGUCACAGCAUGUUACAGAAAUACUAUGAUCUAUUGCCUAAUUGUUGACAGAAGGUGACCUCAAAAAAAAAAAAAACCAAGAGGAAGAUUUUGAAACUCAUAUUCAAGACUGUAUGACUAAAUUAAAAUUAAAUAUUCCAGUCAUUUACUGAUACAUGAAAAAGAAGAUAACUUUAUUCUGGUCAUAAUCAUUUUGUCAAAUAUAUCUAGGCCUUUUCAAUGAAGUUUAUAGCAUGAAAAUAAUUGUAAAGAUUAAAGUCUAAGAAAAUUACUGCUACCCAGAAGUCAGCCUAGAACAUCGUUUUGUACAAACUCAUUCAUGAGAAACAAGCCUCACCCCUUUCCAGGAGGAUAUGAUCACACCUAGAAGGACUUUGAUCUUCUGUAACAUGCUCAACAGCCCACAGACUCCUUUGAUCGCAAUCUAGACCCAUGUUUCUAUAACAUAGCAUUAUGUGUCAGGUGCCUUGGAUUUCCCUAUCCCUCCAUUUAUACAACAAUAACUUAGGUCCAACCAUUCUCAUUCCACUAGAGAUAACAUGAAAACAUUUUAUGCUCAUUGGCCCCUGUUAUUGUCAUAGUUAUUGUUAGCUGUCAAUGUGAAACAAACCCAGAGUCACUUAGGAAGAGGGAACCCUAAAUGAAGAACUCCUUCAAUCACAUUGUCCUGUAGCCAUGUCUUGGAGGAAUUUUCUUAAUUACUAAUUGAUAGAGGACCUGCACUACUAUGUACAAUGCAAUCCCUGGGCAAGUAGCCCUGAACUGCCUGAGGGGAAAAAAAGCUAGCUGAGCAAGCUAGAGGGUCAGUUCAAUUUUUACCUUCUAGGAACCUCAUAGCUUAACUUGUUCAUGCUUCCAUUGACUGAUGGAUAUGCUGGGAAAUUUCCUCCAACUUUCUUGGGAGUAGCCAUACACUUACUGUAAUUACUUCAAAGUGCCGCCACACAGGGCAUCUCUUCAACAUUAAACUCAGCAGCUGGAGGUUUGAUUGA